CUGUUCAAAGAUGUGGACCAUCAUUCAGAAGUUGUGGAUGGAUGCCACUCGCGUGUGCGCUUGCCAUUGCUACUCACCUACUUAAAUUCCCUGUUUCUCUGCAACCCUGUCAUCAUAUCCCACACCCUCCGGUUUAUCAUAUCCAUCCCUCUGUUAUUUCUAUAUCAUCUGACCGCUACCAUGUCUUUCAAUACUGCUGCCCAGUACGGCUAUCCUUCGGUUAUGCCACCCCCAUACCCGGGUUGCUAUGAACUACUUCCCCCCCGUCGGCCGCGCACUUCCACGGUGACACAAGAUACAAGUACUCAAUGGCAUCAUGACGCACAGCGAAUGCCAGGAUUACACGCGACAAACAACUUCCAACCACCUGCGCCCAGCAGGGAUUACUCAUGCGUGCGGAAUCAUACCGAGGUUCAGAAUGAUUGGGCUAUGGCGGCCAGAGAGCAAGAGUUGGCGUGUCAGCUGCAAGUUGAGCGUUCUUCCAAUUAUCAGCAACACGCUCGUGAACGUAAGGAACGCAAACGCGUCUCGUUUGAUACGGGUCGAGAGCAUCGCGCGUCUGUUGACAGAAAGCACGCUCGGCAUGAAUCUGUCGAUCGCGAACGAAGGUGCCGUGCGUCUCUUGACAGACAUCGAGAAAACCCUACAUUUCUUGAUUAUGAGCGAGAAUGUCGUCCAUCUGUUGACCGCGAGCGACAGCAAUCCAUUGAUCGCGAACGAGAGCUUCGUGCAUUUAUUGACCGUGAACGAUAUUUUCGUGAAUCCGUUGAUCGCGAACGAGAGCGUCGUGCUUCCAUUGACCGGAGACACGGUCUUUGCGUUUCAGUCGAUCGUGAGCGCCACACGUCGAUUGGACGACAUCACAAAUAUCAAUCUGUUUCUAAGACGUUUCCCCGUCCACCAGUGUGUGCUGUCUCCUUCAAGCCUCCUACCACGGGUCCCCAAUGUCGUCGUACUCGUCGAUCUUCGUUUGACUACGCGACUGCUCGUGACUACUCUGGUGAACGUCAUCCCGUUUAUGUUUUGCCUCCACCUGCUCUGGCUCCCCAAGUACAUCUGCCUCCACGACAACGCGACCGCACCUCGAUGGAGGCGGUUCGUCGCCUUCCUUUCCCUAGCACGGAGGUCCCUCAGGUUGAACGGUCUACCGAGUCGUUGGGGCUAUCCCGCUUCAAUCCCUUUAACAGGGUGCGCUUUGCGUCAAUGUCUACUUCGCAGAAGAAGCCGUCGAUGCUCGAACUACCAAAGGUCUACUCCAAUCGUCUCCGCCGCAAAACUGCUGGUCGAGCAUGAUCUUGUUUUGUGUCCCACAUUGUAGUAAUUGAAUACAUCAAUAUUAGACUCGCAAACUACAUAGACUACUUCCCCAACAUGAUAUAUCCAUCACCAUAGACCAUAGAACUUUAGAUUGUAUUGUGUACCCCCUGACCUUCGUUAUAAUCACACGGAAAAAUCUUGG